CCACCUUGGAUAUUACUCGACUUUAAUAUCGACCCUUGGCCACACUUACCUCCAUGGAACCAAUACCUACCAAAAGCCGUGCAAGGAUACGCCUACCAAAAACACUUUUUUACGACCCAUUGAAUGACAGUCUGGGAUUGCUUCUUUUCGGCCUUGUAUUCCCCCUUUUUGGAGCAACAUUUUCUUGUUUCGGUUUCUAUUUUCUUUGUCACAAAAAUUUCUUUAUUUCACCUACAAAACACUUAUUUAAACAGCGAGGAGUUUUGUCUUUUCGAAUAUUAUGAGGAUGGGCAAGAUAUCAGUUGUAGAAGCAUGAUGUUUGGCGCAUCGAGACUUUUAUGGGAGGCGAACUUUUUUUGUUGUCAUUUCUGCAGAGACAGAAAAGAAGACUCGGAAAGAUUGGAGUUGUUGCUUGUCCGAUCCUCGUUUAUGUUCUUUUCUACCGGCCCAAGGAAGAGCUUAUGUUUGUUUGCCCAGGAAUUCCAGAGGAUAAUGACUGUUGUUCCUUUGCUCCUCGUUUUUGUUAUGCUACUACUUUCUGGAAGGCGUCUGUCUUUUGUGAUAGAAGCGAGAAGAAUGGCCAUGGCUUGCACUUGAACUGGAUCAGAGAUACCUCUUUACUAUUUUUAUCAUGACGGAUCGGAUGGGGACUCUACAAGAAGAGGAGGAAAAGAAGUUGACAUGGGACAAGAGUCAUAUGGACUUGACUCUUGGUCUCAAGCAAAGAUUAGAGCGAAGGGGACAUGGCUCAAUAGCCACAGCGCAUAUUGCGCAACCAUACGUUUACUGAGGGAUAGACGGCACCUCGCACAAAACAGAUGCAUCUGCCGAUCAUCCUAUGAAUGAAAGAUCACAUACAAUAAGAUACCUCACUCAUACAAAC